AGGAUGGGAUGGGACAGCGGGAGGAAGCGGCGCGGUGCUCACAUCAGCCUACCCUUCAUUUCAGCCACACGCGCCAUCUCCACUCAGCACCUGGACUCGUCCAUCCGCGAUUUCGCAUCCGCACUGGCAGUGAAGCAGCCCUGUUUUCAGCUCUCUGCACAGCACGUUGAUGUCCUCACAGGGCCUACAGACUUUUACCAGCGUUUACUAACGAUCAUACGGCGCGCAAAGAAACGCCUAUACCUAUCUUCCCUCUACAUCGGUUCUUCGGAGCACGAACUUAUAAACGCUCUGCACACCUCACUGCGAAACAACUCCGACCUCCACGUCUACCUCACCCUCGACUACAACCGCUCCACCCGCCCGGGCCCUUCUUCCCCUGUCCUCUCCCUUCUUCCUCUCCUCCGAGACCAUGGCGAACGCGUACACGUAUCCUUCUUCCGCAGCCCAAAGCUCCAAGGCCUCAUGGCCAAACUCGUGCCGCCACGAUUCAACGAGGGCUGGGGCACAUGGCACGCCAAGAUAUACGGCUCGGAGAACGAGGUCAUGAUCAGCGGUGCCAACCUCAACAAAUCAUAUUUCACGAACCGCCAGGACCGCUACAUCCACUUCCAGAAGCAGCCCAAGCUCGCAGAGUACUGCUUCUCCUUCCUCGGCACGAUAUCCCAGUUCUCCUACCGACUACGCCUCUCUUCGGGCGGCGGAGAGAGCUACCAGCUCCGCUGGCCCGAGUCGUCACCCGAGCCGAGCUGCGUGCACGCCGCCGCCCAGAAGGCGCUGACGCAGCUUCAGGCAGACUACCUCGCGCCUCCCACAACGGCGUCAAGCCCAAGUGAAGGGAGCGCGGACGACGUCAUGGUCAUGCCCAUCAUCCAAGCCGGCCAAUUCCAGAUACGCGAAGAAGAGCGCUGCCUCGACAUGCUCUUCGAGCAUCUCAGCUCCGGCGGCGGCGGCGGCACCGCGCACAUGGACCUGACGAGCGGGUACUUUGGUCUGUACGAGCCCUACCAGCGUCUGCUGCUGCGGAGCCGCGUGGGGUGCGACAUUAUCGCUGCGGCGCCCAAGGCCAACGGGUUCUACGGCUCGCGCGGCAUCUCGGGCCUCAUACCCGAGGGCUACACCCUCCUCGAGCAGCGCUUCAUGCGCGCCGUACACGCAGCCGGCCGCGGAGACACGUCCACAGCGCAGGACCAGGACGGCGCCGUGCGCCUGCGGGAGUGGGAGCGCGACGGGUGGACGUACCACGCCAAAGGCAUCUGGCUCUCCCCAACCCCCACAUCCGCGCCCGUACUCACCCUCUUCGGCUCGACGAACCUCAACUCGCGCUCCGCGCACCUCGACACGGAGCUCUCGUUCGUGCUCGCGACGGGCUCAGACGCGCUGCGCGGGCGCCUGCGCGAGGAGGUCGCGGGGCUGAAGGCGCACGCGGGCCCGUGGCGCGGUGGCGAGCGUGCGGUGAGAGCGCGGACUAGGGCGAUUGUGGGUGUUGUGGGCGGGAUGCUCUAACGUGUUCGAUUGGCCGACUAGGAGAGACUGAGAUGAGAGGCUGGGAGGAUGCCGAGGGGCGCGCGGAGCGCUCGUGCACGGCUUCCGUCCGUCCGAGGGAGGAGCGAGAAGGCGGGAGUACCCUCGCGGUCCUGG